AUGGCUGUUUUGAUACCAAUCAUACCAUGUGUAUCCUUUCUUUUAUUUUGUUCCUUAAUUGGAUUCGUUGGCAAUACUCUUCAAAUUCUUAUAAUUUGUAAAAAUUCUUUCAGGAACCUGCACAAUGCCAAUAAUAUAUUAAUAGCAUUGAGCGCAUUUGGUGAUAUUCUUCAUCAAAUCGGCCAUAUUCCAUUUGCAUAUUUUAUUUUUACUGGAAUUACUUUUACACCAUUAUGGACAUGUAUUUGGAUACAAUUAUUACCGAAUUUUGGUCUAAAUUUUGCAAUGGUUAUAUUACUUUUAACUGGCAUAGAUCGAUCCAUCAUAUCGAACAAUGAGAAGGAGAAUUUCAAUUCCAUUAAUGACCAUACCAGCGAUACUUUAUUCAAUUGUUAUACUUAUAUUGACUUGUAUAUAUGCCAUAAAUAA